AUGGGGCUUUCUGUGCUGCACUCUUACCGCGUGCUGCACAAGGAUAUAAAGCCUUCGAAUUUGCUGCUGCUGCGGCCCUUGCCCCCAUCUUUUGUCUGCCGCGUUUGGCUGCCCCCGCUGCAGCAGCAGGGGUCCCGGCGGGGGCGUGUGGGGUUAUCGCCUGCUGCAGCAGCAACAGCAGCAACAGAUGCAGCAGCAGCAACAGCAGCAGCAGCAGCAGCGUGGGACCCCGACUCUGCGAGCGAAAGCGAGGCCAGCUUUAACAGUUCAGAGGAAGAAGAAGCAGCAGCAGAUUCUUUUUUGUUUACAGGGGCUCCUGCUGUUGCUGCUGCCGCUGCGCUGCAGCAGCAAAUAAGAGACACCAUGAACAGUACAGACAGAAGGCCCCUGCCCCCCGUCCCUGUUGUUGCUGCGAAGCAGCUCAGCUCGGCAGCAGCAGCAGCAGCAACAGAGCCAGCAGCAGCAGCAGCAACAACAGCAGCAGCAGCAGCAGCAGCAGCAAGUCAUCUGCACAGCGGAGAGAGGCAGGUGUCUCUUGCCCAGGCCCUCAGAGAUGGGCUGCUGGAAGCUGCAGCAUUCCCCCAGCACUGCAGCAGCAGCAGCAGCAACAGCAGCAACAGCUGCAACAGCAGCAGCGAGUCGGAAGAAGAAGACGAGCAGCAGCAGCAGCAAGGAGAGGGACAAAGGGGCAAAAAGAGGCCACGAGAGAAGCAGCGAAGGGGCCAGGGCGAACCUGCAGCAGCAGCAGCAGCAGCAACAGCAGCAGCAGCAGCAGCAGGUGAUUCCAUGCAUGCGAAGGCCAAUGGCUGCCUCACUGGCAGUAACGGCGCCAGAAACAGCAGCAGCAGCAGCACCCACUGCAGCAUCAGCAGCAGCAGCUCCCACAGCAGCAGCAGCAGCAGCAGCAACAUUGAGGAAAGCGAGGUGCUGCUGCAGCUGGCGGACUUCAAUACUGCUGCUGUUGCAGAUGAUGACGGAUGCACUAUUUGGGAUGCUGGUAAGUAUCUUUUUGCUGCUGCUGCUGCUGCAGCAGCAGCAGCAGCUCAGUAG